UCCAGACUCCGGGUCUUCCCCCCGCCCGUGUAGUAGCUCGCAGCUCCGUGAGUCCCUUUUUUUUCUUGUUGUGUUUCUGUUACUCAUCGCCAUCUUGUUGCAGCCCUUUUCUUGUCUGGAAGGUCCUCGGGGGGGAUCGGGGUGACAGGCUGCAUUGUGUGAUCUGGGCUUGGCUCGCCCUGUGGAGGAGGGAGAAGAGCACGGCGGUGUGUGACUGAUCGGAGCCGUACAGGAGACAUGAGCCUGGAGACUCUGCUACAAGCAGCCCUCUUCCUGGAAUGGCAGGCCCAGCAGCAGCAGAGGACGCCCGAGGAAAAUGAUAAGCUUUUGGUGAAACAGGAGGAAGAGGAAGAAGAGGAGGAGGAUGAGGAGGAGGAAGAAGAGGAGGAGGAAGAAGACAAGAAAAGCACAGUUCAAACAGAAGAACCGACAAAUCAGUCCCCACCAGAUCCUGCUUCUCCACCAGCACCUGCACCCCCUCCACCCCCACCUCCUCCUUUACCAACUCCAGUAGCUGUCAUUCCUCUCCCAGUGGUAACCAGUGCCCCCCAACCAGUAGUUCCAACAUCUUUGUCACCGCCUGUUGUUCAGCAUCAAUUACCUGUUGUUAACCCACCUGUCAUUAGCAAAGACAUUUCCUUGGCUCCUGUCAUCCAGCGACCAGUAGGCCCUGGACUUCAAGAAAUUAAAACUGCCCAGCUAAGUGUUGGCAGUCCCAAGCAGUUGCACCAUUACUCAGCCCCUGUCCUAACAAUAGCACACCACCAUCUCCUGCAACAGCACCAACAUCAACAGCACCAACAACAGCCACCGCAACAGCCUAUACAGCCCCAGCCGACAGCCCUACCACACCCGCAGCAGCCUCCACCACAGCCAAUUGGUGCCCUGAGACUGUCUCCAGACGAUGGAAGACCUAAUGAGCAGAGGAGACGGCCUGGAGGGAAGAUACCUGCAUCUGAAAAGACGGACUUGGAUGUCCACAAGACUCUACAGCCUUGGGCUGGUACCAGAGAAGUCCAUAAUAAGCUGGAGAAGAACAGACAGGCUGGGAAAGAUCUGAGUCAUUUGACAGCUGUAUAUCGAUUAGGAAAAAGACGGGCACACCUCAAGGAAUGCUUUGAAACCUUAAAGAGGAACAUCCCAAAUGUAGAUGACAAGAAGACGUCAAACCUCAGCGUAUUAAGAAGUGCUCUGAGAUACAUCCAGAGUCUCAAAAGGAAAGAAAAGGAAUACGAGCACGAAAUGGAACGUUUGGCAAGAGAGAAAAUUGCUACUCAGCAGCGAUUGGCCGACUUGAAGAAUGAACUCAGCCAGUGGAUGGAUGUUUUGGAGAUUGACCGAAUUGUGCGCCAAACUGUUCAGCCAGAGGAUGACCAGGCCUCAACCUCCACAGCUUCAGAGGGGGAAGAUAACAUAGAUGAAGACAUGGAUGAUGACAGACCUCUACAUUCAUUACCAAAACGUCAGAAUCCUGAACUUCUGAAGAUGGUACCGUCCAACGCAGCUUCCCACAAUCACCAUUCCACUGUACUGCCUCAACAUGUCUCCAUUCAGCAGAAACAAGCUCCCUCUCCUCAUGCACAGACCCUCUCCAACCAAGCACUGGUGCAGCCUCAGGCCAUAGUGCCAGCACAGACUCAUAUUAUGGCUGCUUCCACAGUGCAGUCAACUGUGAUAGCCCACACAGCCACCACUCAUGCGUCCGUUAUUCAGACUCUAAACCAUGUCAUCCCAGGGCCUCAGACCAAGCACAUUGCCCAUAUUGCACCUUCCACGUCAAGCCCUGUACAGCUAACCACUGCUGCUCAGCCAAUUGGCCACAUCACUGUGCACCCAGCUACCAUUAAUCACAUGACCCAUCUUGGCCAGCAGCUACCCAUUUACCCGCAGUCUGUUGCAGUCAGCCAACCCAUGAUGAGCCACAUCGCUCACACCAUCUCCCACCCACAAGUUAAUGGAACCACAAACCUUGGCCAGAAUGCUGUUAUGGCAAAGCCAACCGUAGGAACCCAGGUGGUCCACCAUCCCCAGUUAGUUGGGCAGACAGUCCUGAAUCCGGUGACUAUGGUAACUAUGCCAUCGUUCCCUGUCAGUACUUUAAAGCUAGCUUAACGCUCAACUAUAAAAUAAAUGAAUUAGAGGAGACCAUCUUGUUUUCUGUCACAUCCACAACUUCCAUCCAGUGAUGAGAGCAGCCAUUAUCUGACUCCUGGAAACGUUGCUUCUUCUGGGGCAGGGAAUGCAUCUGCAGUAUCACACAAGUGACUUGUCUGUCUGGGAGUAGGGCAGUGGCAGCCUUCAGUAAUGGAAGGAAGCUUUGGUUGUGCUAGGGAACAGCCUCCCUGAAAGGUUCCCUUUUAGUUAUAUAAAUUCAUUGGACAGUGGAAACUCCAUACAUUCCUAUCGAGUCAUGUUCCAAGGAAGAGCUGCGUAGGUGUUGAUCCUCAUUGGCUUUGGAAAAGGUGUCAGGCUUCAUUGUAUAGGCCUAUAUCUUCCCACAAAGGGCCAAGUGCCCUGGAUUUCAACCAUGCUCAUUGUCUCCGUGGCCGCUGCUCAUAAUGACUAUUUUCAUUUUGUCCUUUCUACCAGUAAUUGGUGAAUAUUAAAUGAGACUUUUAAUUUCUAUCCGCUACUUCACUUACAUAUUUUUUUUUUUUUUUUAUUCAAUUUUUAUUGUGUUGUCGUCUUUUUGUGUAUCUUUGUAACAUACAAAUCGAUGACCUCUUGCUAAUAUAAGAAAUGGAAUGGUUUUCAAGUAAGCAUAAUGUCGCUUUAUACCGAGGUGAUAGCUGCAGGAAGUAUACACUAAUGAAAAAAAGAAAAAAAAAAAAAAAACCUUUUAAAAAGAAUAAGUAAACCAUGAUAGAAAAAAAUAAUAAUUUAAGGUAAUUUCUAUUCUGUCUCCGAGGUGAAAAACGUGGGACAGAAAAUGAAUUACUGUCUUUCUAUUUAUAAACAUUAGUUAUUUAAGUUUUUGUUGCAUCAGUGCCUUCUUUUUAACACAUAAAAUGAGCUUUUUAAAACGUAUUGUCCCUGCCUUUUUAGGACCACUAAAGGCAUACUUCAUGAAUUAUUACCUUUAGAAAAUUGAAAACUGGGGUUUAUUUUAAAGCUUUUCUGGUUUACAUUAACCACAUUGGAAUCCUAGUUACCGCCUGCUUCAGUUCAUGCUUUUUUCUUCCUUUUUUUUUUUUUAAGGGAAGCUUUUUAUAAAAGCUAGCUCAAACUAAAAAAGUGGUACUUCUCAUGUCAACAAAUCCCUUUUUAUUUAUUUUUUUAAAAAAUUGAAAAUAAUUGUUUGGACACUUUUUUUUUUAACGCCAUUAGGAUUAAUAUACUAGUAUAGUAGCAAGAGCAUUAAAGUGCAAUUACCCAUAUUGACCAAUCAGCUUUUAGUGUAACCAUGCCAAGGGAUGCUGAAUCCUGAUUGCUUCCUUUUGGGUUGCUGUACUCCUAUUACUGAAGGUAACUUUUCCUUUGAGCCAGUUCUUAUAACUAGGAUCGCCUGUGUUCUGUACUUUUUUUUUUGCAAUAGAAAAAUAUUGUAAAACACAGCAAUGUAUUAGGAUAUUUACCGCUAGUAACUAGCGUGUGAAACAGAACCAAAAAUGCAUAUAAAACGUACAUUCUAAUUACUGAAUGUUUUAAAUUUA